AUGAGCAAAGGUCCAUGGGUGGGAACAUGGAGGCCUCAUCGUCCAAUUGGUCCAAUCAUGGCCCAGUUUACCGGUCCUGGGCCCAAGUAUUACAUACAAGGAGCAACAGGUUAUAUGGCACACAUCCCAACCAAAAGGAAAGCCCCUGCCUACAGUAUGCACGGAUCGAGGCCUUUGCUCAGCAAAGACUGCUCUCCAGGUCCUUACAAUGUGCAGUCCUCCAUGACUUAUCGGGGGAGGAAAACUGCUCCAGCAUACACAAUGGCGGGGCGCUACGGAGAAAAAGUGGAGACGACUCCAGGCCCUGCUUCUUAUUCACCAGAGAGGUCUCAAAAAAUGGUCUAUAAAAGUGCCCCUAAGUACUCCAUGUCAUCCAGGCAUCGAGGUGCCAAAACUGACAGCACUCCGGGUCCUAACACAUACACAAUUCCCCAGGUGUUUGGACCAUACACGGUGACCACAACGGCCAGUCCUAGCUACACCAUGGCGGGGAAGGGUAAAUUUGGGUAUUUUCAUGAAGACCUCCAUAAGACCCCAGGCCCUGCAGCAUACGUAAAACCAGACACAGAACUUUACAAAAAGAGAGCCCCAAUGUACUCCAUGGGAUGCCGAAUUAAGAAGUCAGGAAUUAAAAAGGGACCUGGACCUGCAGACUAUGAAGUAGGAAAGGUAUCAGUGACCAAAUCUUGUGCUCCAGUUGUUUCUUUUGGAAUCAGACACUCUAAUUACACAACACCUCUUAUGGUGGAUGUCUCUUGA